AUGAGAGGAACAGCCUCCCUCGAACAAGAUGCUCGUUUCACGAACAAGGACAAGGCCCUUGUGCAAAGUACAAAAUUCCCCAAAGGCUUUGAUAUCAAAGUAGAUAUGAGCAAGGUAAAUCUAGAAGUUUUUAAAUUGUGGAUUCAUUCUAAAAUUGAAGAAUUAACAGGCUCGGAUGAUGAUAUGAUUAGCGAAUACGCGAUAAGUAUGCUUCAAGAUUCAUCACCCGAUCCGAAGCAAAUGCAAAUACAACUUGCUGGAUUUUUAACGAUAGACAAUGCUGCCGUCUUUAUGACUGAAUUAUGGAAGUUAUUAGUGGAGGCACAAAACAGCCCAAGUGGAGUUCCUAAAGCCUUGCUAUCUUUGGAGAUGGAACGAGUGAAAAAAGAGCAAGAGGAACAAGAGAAAAUUUCAAGAAAGUUCCAAGAAAGAAUACCUAACCGAUAUUACAACUCUACUACUAGCUACCAACAACAACAAAUCAGAGGCACAACCCAUCAUCACACUGCCAAGCACCCUCGUCCUUAUGACCGAUCAUCAUCUAAUAGACAACAACGCCAAACUACACCAUCAAGCGUGAGCGACAAUGCUCAACAAGAAGCAACUGAAGAACAAAAAGAAGGUGAAAAACCAUCACUAGGCUCCGAACGCAGACUCAAUACUACUGAUAGCUCAGAUUACAAAAGAGAUCAAUCACAUUUCAGAAAUCGUUAUGACCAACACAGAGGCAACUUCAAUAGUGGUCAACAAAAUCUUGUAUCAAGAAGAACAGAACGAAGAUCAAACUCUAUAGACUUUUAUGAGAAACCAACUUUCAAGGAGCGAGCAGACAAAAUUGCUGAUAAAACUGUUGAUAACAAGGUGUCACCACCUAGAAAGAUGCCUGCUCACGAAAAUCAAGGCCAACGGAGAGUACCACCACCCCCUCCACCCUCUUCCUCUGAGGAAGAUUCAGACUCAGAUGGAGAUAAUUAUAUCAAUGAACGAAGAAAAACUGUAGACGAGUUUGACCGCUUACGCAAAAGAGCAUUGGCUUCCAUGCAAGCAAAUAGUAAACGAUAA